AUGCGUUCGAGUUUCAAUUACUUUACUUCUAACACAAAAGUACCAAGUGUAUAUAGCUCGUCGCCUUUUUCUUCCAAUGCGUCUGCUAGCGCUUCCACUUCGAGUAAAUAUGAAUCACAUUUCUUACCUGCAGGUACUUCAAAUAGAGAACAAACUUCAUUUUUGCGUGAUUAUUCAGGCAAAGAUUCAGCAAAUAGAGAAUCCGCACUGUCGACAUCCCGUCUAUUUUCUCGUAGGUUGUCUGGGGACCGUAAGACCCUUAGUGGUACAGAAUCCUCGAAAACAACAGUUAGUGAUGAGACCGAUACUCUUUUAAAGCUUUAUGGGGUUAGAAAAGGUUCGGCAACUGAGAGUCCCACCCAGAGCCUCCUGAAACAGCGUAGACAACAACAGUCGGAUCCAGACGGUGGGUUUACUACUGCACGAAGAAAGCAAGACAACGGUGGCUCUGAGGGACUGUUGAGUGGCGAUGGGCCCAGUGCAUCUCGUCCUCUUGAAAAAAAGGAAUUCUCAUCACGCAUGCAUGAAGAGAUUCAGGACAUUACCCAAAAUGAAUAUAUAAGCCGUUUGCUUGCCGCACACAAUCGCGUGGACGACCUCUUAAGGUCUAGAGGUUUGAGUGCCGAAGAUGAGUCCAAGUACCUACGAGCGUGGGAGGAGAUACCAAUUAUUCGUGAAGAACGCUUUCACCGAGGAAGGACAUCUAGCGAUUCUGGCCUGUCCACUGAUGAUGAGAGCGAACGUAACAACUUGGAGAACAAGGAAGAAAUCGACUGUAACGUAGAAUUCUGUAAGCAAGAAUCGUUUGAUGUCUGCACAAAAGUCUUCGUUAGUCCCUCCCCUCGUUUGCAGUCGAUGCUGUGCUGCCAGGCUCCCAGUAGCAGCACCUCCAGUGUAUCCCUUGCUUUAAGCCAGAAGCAAGCACUUGGAGAAGAAUGCAGGCCUGUAGUUGUCAAAUCGAAUCGAAACGAAGCGCUCAACUACGCUUGUGCGCGUCCAGCCCAUUCUGCGCGAACUACCUCCCACGCUUUGACGCGCAAGCAACAGUCAAAUACGGCCAAGAAAACAAUGAGAAACACUGAAAAAAGCGAAAAAGUCAACGCAACGUUUGACGUCCGUAAACCAAUACAGUUGAAACGUCCUCUCACUGAGCACAAAUCUGAAAGAGCAACCAACGAUGGAUCAGCAGGAAGAUCACUGAGGAGUCAUCAUUGUGGGUCUCUGAAGCACGGACACAAAAUAGAGGAAGAUAAACCUGUCACUAUUGCGGAGCAGCAAAAAACCUUGCUGUGUAGGCUUAAACGCAAGCCAUCUUCGGUGUCGUCUACGGCUGAGAUUUCCAUUCAGCACUGCAGCUUCUACCAGGCUUCUACGAGAACAGUAGAAUCUUUUCCAGAGAGGAAUGUUAGGAUGAAUUUAAGGCUUACAGAACGUGCACCUAAUAAGUGUUCCGCAGCAAUCGUGCUACCGACAUGCACUCGUCCCCAAUUCGUCCACAGGUCUGUCGUUUUCGGGAGAAAGGAAGUAGUUCCUUGGUCUAGGACAGUGUCACAGGAUGUCACUGCACGGAAGAAAGUUGGGAAAUUGGAUCGCUCUGUAGCGGUUGAAGAAUCGAAAGAAGGAAAGCGACAGCGAAAGGUGAAUCGUCUGAUCAUCCCGAAAUUUUUCCUGCAGCCGAAGUUUGAUGCUGCGGAAGCGCUGAAUAAACUCGAUAAGGACAAAAAAGCGGGAACGGAGGCGGAGAAAAUCCCAACGAAGUCAAUUGAGGAGAUUGCCCCAGCCGGACCACCCUCAGAGAAGUCUAACGUUGACAGCAUAUAUCAGGGAAACGCAUUCCUUCCCUCUCUCAGCUCUUUAAACACUCCAAGCUCCCUAGAUCAGACCGCGACAUCUAGAGGAGCUACGAUGUGUCAAGGAAGCAAAAUCGCGGAGUUCUCUUAUGCUGAUCAUCUGCUUGUAGAACAGUUCAGAAGGACUAAGUACAUACCUCGACCAAAAGCACUCCAGCAACGUGCUUCGCCGCCGCAGAAAGUACUGCCUGGAGUGAGCCAGAUACUAUUGCCUUUACCUUCACAAGCAGAAUUUUUGCGCUUUCCCACACCGCCGCGAAUACCGCCGCAAGCCCAUCGCCACUCUCCGCCACCUUGUCUGAAAAGGGUGUAUCGCAGCGUGAAACAAUUCUCGAAGAGGGACCAUCUGUUGGAGUGUCCUUCUUUGAGGAAAGUUGAUCAUGCUGUUAAAAAGAAACUCAAAAUCAGACGACCUAAACGAUGGACACCACGUUGGAGAAGAAAGUGCUCUGGUGAGGAAGUAGAGGAAGAAGAAGUUGAAGAAGAAGAGGCCGAGGGAUCAGUCAACGCCCAAAAGAGUAAGCAGCGCCGGCAUAAAGUGAAGACUUCUCAAGAAGACGAUGAUGGCAUGACUGAAGCAGAAAAAGCUAUAGCGGCCUCAAAGAAGCGCCAGGUGGAGGAGCAGCAGAAGCUUCUUCAAGAAUACGACGAGAGUCGACGUGUAGAAAGAGAGAAAGAAGAAGAAGAGCUAAAGAAACUAAAAGAGAAACAGGAGAAACGAAGACUGGAGAGAGAACAGGAGGAACGCGCUGAGGCUGAACGUCGGAAACAAGAAGAGGAUCGACGUCGUAAGGAGGAAGAAGAGCGGAAAGCGAGGCAGGAGGAGGAGAAACGAAAGAAAGAAGAAGAGAAGAUGAAAAAGCAACAAAUGACCGCCCAGUUUGCGACUCCUGCUGGACAGGGUGGCCGAAAUUUCAUUAUUCCGAAAAAAUCCGAGAAGAACCGCAACGACAAAUUUGGCAAUAUUGUUCAAGCAAAGCAGGAAAUGGGUAUGACUAAAGAGCAGCAAGAGGAGGCGAAGAGGGCCUUCCUUGCUGCCGUUGACAAGAGCAUUCCAAUCUCCUCCGACUUGCCUCCUGACGACCUUAAAACAAAGAUUAAAGAACUGCACCAACGAAUAUGUAAACUUGAAGCGGAGAAGUAUGACUUAGAAAAACGGCAUGAACGCCAGGAAUACGAUCUGAAAGAACUGAAUGAACGUCAACGUCAGGUAGCGCGUAACAAUGCUCUGAAGAAAGGAAUCGAUCCUACUGACGCCGCUUCUUCGAAGUAUCCGCCAAAAGUUCAAAUAUUCUCCAAGUAUGAUCGCCAAAUUGAUCGCCGUAAUUUCAUGGAACGCCGAAGUAUGUAUGACAAUAAGAAUGCUUAUCCCUGUUUCCCUGGUGUUCCUCCACCACCGGCUGUUUACGAAAAGGUGAUCCUGAAACUCGAUGCCGAAAGGGAUGAAGAAGAAGCAGAAGUCGAGGAAUAUGAGGAGUAG